AUGGCUCAUCAUAGGCGUGGUCGGGGUGGUGUCCGAAUGGAGGGCCGUAACUCUACAGACGACAUGGAUGAAAUUAAAAGAAUGAUUCAACAACUCACUGAUCGUGUCGCUCGCAUCGAGACUCAAAGCCAUGGUGGUGAGAGUUCCGACGGGGAGGGAGACGAAAAUCCCUUUUACAACCACAUGCCGAUGGAAGGUGUGCAAAGGGGACGAGAUCAUUAUGGUCGAAAUUUCGACAUGAAAGUAGACUUACCUGAGUUCGAGGGAAAGAUGCAACCUGAUGACUUUGUUGAUUGGCUCAAUACUGUUGAGCGUAUAUUUGACUACAAAGAGGUGCCGGACGAGAAGAAAGUUAAGAUCGUAGCCAUUAAAUUGAAGAGGAAUGCCUCUGCAUGGUGGGAGCAGCUAAAGACUCGGCGUGAUCGUACCGGAAAAUCCAAAAUUAAAAGCUGGGAGAAAAUGAAGAAAGAGCUAAAGAGAAAAUUUUUGCCAGAAAACUACCGUCAAGCAAACUUCCUGAAACUUCAUAAUCUGCGACAGGGAAAUCGGACUAUUGAGGAAUAUACUGAAGAAUUCGAUCUCUUAACCAUGAGGUGUGGACUCGUCGAAGAAGAAGAACACACAGUUGCACGUUAUCUGGGAGGGAUGCGUAGAGAACUUCAUGAUGUGGUGGUCUUACAGCAAUACUGGAGUUAUGAUGAUGUCUUCAAGUUAGCCAUACAAGUAGAGAAACAGAUAAAGACACGGUCACGGCGUGUUGGAAUAGAGGGUUCUGAGCAAAAAAAUUCUUGGAUGACUAAAGGCUCAUCAAAUUCUGAGCCAGGGAAGCAUGAAGCACCUAAGACCAAUGCACCAGAGAAGUUUACUACCAACAAACCGAAAGGGAUCAAGUGUUUCAAAUGUUCUGGCCUAGGACAUAUUGCUUCUGAAUGUCCUAACCGAAAAAUUGUCAGUUUGGUUGAGGAAUUGGGCGAAUCUAGCGGUGUGUUAAAAGAGAUGCUGCCUAUAUUUGAUAAUUAUGGGGACAAUGAAGAAGAAGAGAUCACAUGGAGUGACCAUGGAGAGUCCUUGGUGAUUCGAAGGAUAAUGAAUGCUGCCAAGGUGGAGGAGAACUCAGAUUGGCUUCGGAAUAAUAUAUUCCAUACCAAGUGUACCUCUCAUGGAAAGGAGAUGGUUGAUAAACUGAAUUUGAAGACUGAAAAGAAGCCAGUCUCGUACAAGCUGUCUUGGGUCAAAAAAGGGAAUGAAGUCGUGGUGAAUCAACGCUGCCUAGUGACAUUCUCCAUUGGGCAAAAGUAUCAGGAUUCUCAAUGGUGUGAUGUAAUUCCAAUGGAUGCGUGCCACAUACUAUUGGGGAGACCUUGGCAAUUUGAUCGCAAGGCCACACAUGACGGAUACAAAAAUACAUAUACCUUCAUCAAAGAUGGUGCGAAGGUUAUUUUAGGCCCCUCCCAAUCCGAAUUUAAUGUCAAAUCCACGAAAAUUGGUGCUGGAAGCUUUCUAACCAAAGGAGAAUUCCUAAAAGAAGCGGAGGAGAGUGGCGAUAUAAUUACCGCUGGGCUACCUCCUAUGCGAGAUAUCCAGCAUUGCAUAGAUUUGAUUCCAGGUUCAACUCUCCCAAAUAAAGCUCAUUAUCGGAUGAGCCCAUUAGAGUACGAGGAGCUAAAUAGGCAAGUGACAGAAUUGUUGAAGAAAGGGGUUAUCCGAGAGAGCAUGAGCCCGUGUGCAGUACCUGCAUUGCUUGCGCCCAAAAAGAUGGGACUUGGCGUAUGUGCGUCGACAGUCGGGCAAUAA